CAGUAUUCCAGGGUAAGGAUAAGGGCAAAGCAAAGUUGGAGCCUACAAUGUGGACUCCCCCAGCAUAUGAUUUCUUAAAACUCAACACUGAUGGAAGCUGGAAGGGCCACACUAAUGCUGGUGGAGGUGGGGUAUUCAGAGGUGCCACUGGCAGAUGGUACAUGGGAUUCUCAAGCAAAUUCAAUGCAAUUACACCUCUUGCUGCAGAACUCUAUGCAAUGAGGGAAGGCUUGCUUAUGGCACUCACCUACGAAAUUCAGAAUUUAGAGGUGGAAACUGAUGCGCAAGCAUUACUGCAAAUGCUAGGAUCGGUGAAUGGUAGAUACCAUGAGGAACUUAAGCCCGUGUUAACUGAUGUUGCCACUCUUAUGGGAAAAUUCAAAUCUUUAGUAGUGAAACACACACCACGAGCAAACAACAAGGUUGCACAUUCAUUGGCUCAGUACGCACUGGAAAUGGCAGUUGGUCAUAACUUCUUUCUCAACCCCCCUACCUUUGCCUCUAUUCCAUAUCAGGGUGAUCUACAGAAGCUAGAGGCUGCAGAGAAAAGGCGACAACAACGGGGGAGCAGUAGCUGCAACGUCAUCAAUUUAGAAGAAGACAUUUCUGAAGACCAACAUUCCCCAACCUUUACUAGGAGAAAUCAUGUUUGGAACGAUUGCCACUACGGUUACAACUACGGCAGCAGGCCUAACAAGAGUUACUCCUGCGCAAGAUCAUUCACAGGAGGUGGAGGAGGACAGUACUCACACUACAGGAAAAUAGUUCACUCAAAUUUAUGAUGUUCCCCAAGCUUGGAUGUCUUGUCAGUGUGUAUCUUCUUAGCAGCUUGGUGAAUCUUUUGUUUCUUUUGUACAUAUUUUGGGAUAAUAUAGGGUCUGGGUUUCGGGGAUUAUUAUUCGGGGUAGUAAGUUUUUGGUUUUUGUCCCGAAUUUGUAAGCGAACCUUCUAUUGCUAGUUUAAUAUAAUUCCGAUCUUGUGUUAAAAAAAACCAAGGAAUUCCAGGAUAAACCCUAGUCUUCCCAAUUUUCGGUUUCUUUUUCUCAAAAUUUUCUCCUUCCUUCUCGGCAAUUGAAUUGGAAAACGUUUGUUAAGCUCUUCUUGGUUGGGGUUGAAGAUUAAUUUGACAAUUAUUGGAUUGGAAGGUGGAAGAAAUUUCUUGCGAAUUUGAUCGGUUCUAAUUGGUGGAGAGAAGAGUCACAUGCUUGGUUUUUGCUUUUUAGGUUAUCGGAAACAAGUCUGGACGGAUAAAGCUUAAUAAGAAUGCAAUGGUGUGUCAACUUGCUAGAUCUUCAUGUUUAUCAAGUCUCGUGCUUGGUGCAACAAAUACUGCCUGCAUACUCUCAACUUUGCUAUUCUUGGCUUGGGUAAAGACGGUCGCCCUACUACCAACAACCCUCCCAAUCCGAAAGGCGUGUUUUCCACUCUGUCGACCUACGCAACCCAAGCCAACAAAAAGCGUGGUUCGACUCGGGAGGAGGUUGUGAGUGAGUCUCCUGCUAAGAAGACAAAAAGAUUAAGCUCCAUACCAGCUCCCAAACCACUUUCCAUCCGUGCACCUACUGGAGUUGUUUUCAAAACGACUCAUACUGCUCCUGACAACCCUGCUCCAAGACCUGUCUUCAAGACCGUCCAUACUGCUCCUGACAUGGCUGGAGGUUUUAAAAGUUUGGAUUGCGGUCGUGGUGCUGCCCUUACUGGCAGGCGUCCUCGCGAUCGUAACCAACCCUUCACUCGGGUGAAUCGGUCUCGAGUGGACGGUACUACGCAGCCUGCCCCUGAUAAGUCUCAGCAGAAGUCUCCUGAGAAAGGUUUUGAAUCAGCUGCCGAUGUGAACAUCGCAGGCCAAGGGGGUGAUGCUGUUGCGGAUGUUGAGCCGAUAGCCCAACCAGACUUGAUGGUUGUGGAUCUUAUGACUCCAACCCGUCAGAACCAAGAGCAAGAGGUAAAUGAUACUGAUGUUGCUGGUAUGGGCCAGAAGACUCCUCCUCUCAUGCCUCCUACUCUUCAUACUUCUUCUGGGUAUGUUCGCCCUAGCCAGAGUGCUGGUACCACCUCUGGUCUGAACAUGGGUGUCUUUGUCCGUCCUGGGGAGUGGAUUGAGAAGACUCCGAUUUGCCUAUCCCCCAGGAAGAUGAAGUACUUUGAGGUUCCUCCUGGUGAGCCUGAUGAACCCUGGAACCCUAAAAUCGAUCUUCUUCGUGGUGAGUCGAUACUCACCGACGACUGCAAAGGGGGUGGUUGUAUGGGUUGGAGGGCUUUGAAGGAUCUGGCUACUCCUCGCGACAAUCCUGCUGCUGAGAUUGACGCGCCGGCUGCCCAACAUAUGAAUGAUAUGCUCAAGGCCUGCAACUCUGCUGUGGAGCUUGUGAAGCUGUACCUCUGCUACCAGGAGCAGAAUGAAGACCUUCAGAAAAGGCAGGCUGAUCUGGAGAAGCAGGUGAGUGACGCCAAGCAAGAUCUGGACCAAAAAACUUCUGAGCUGAAAAGGGUGAAGCAACGCAACGAAGAGUUGGAGAAUGUUGCGAACAAGCUGGAGGCAGAGGAGGCCAAGAACAAAGAGCUGUCUGAGAAGUUGCUGGAGGCGGAUGAGAAGGCCAAAGCUGCUUACAAGACCGGUGCUCGGGAUGGUGCCUUGCGAUUUUCUCGGUCCCAGACCUAUAGUAAGCGUAUCACGGAUAGUCAUAACGGUGGCUGGUUUGCUGCCCACCGUUGUGGCGUUCAUGGUAUUGGCCUUACCAAGGAGGACUGUGAGGAUAUUGAGUAUGAUUUCCUGGUGGAGGAAAAGCACAAGGUACCAACCGGUUGGGAGUCACAGAUCAUUCCGGAGGAGAUCAUUCAGAAUGCUGAUCCCUUGACUCUCCCUCCCAUUGAGCUGAAGGAAGAAGACUACCUGGAUCCUGCCCUGCUGUCUUCCAGUACCAACCAGACGGAUCAUCAACAAGUUUGAAGGCGCGGGCAGUCAUCACCGGUAUCAUCCUGUGGUUCAUCUGGCGUUGCUGCUUUUAAAGAUUAGUUUAUUUUUUUAGACGCACUUUUGGUAUCAGCUGUUUGUGGCACUUUUUGCCCUGGGAUAUUUUAUGUUUUGUUUUUGUAAACUUUACCUUGUGCCAUUUUUGAUCAGCUAACAAACGUCAGUUUUGGUGUUGGCUGUCGAAUUUGCUUUAUUCAGAUGGUGUUGCUCUUAUGCUUAUGAUAUUGU